AUGCUGGGCUGGUCCUGGCUAUCCGCUCUUGGUGUCCUAGUGUUGUUCUGGUUCUACCUCUACAGCCACGGGUAUGGGCUUGGUCGACUGUCUAGUUCGCCACUAAACAACAACAUGGACACCAUUCGCCCCCGCGUCGUCUUGCCCCAGGGCACUUAUGUUGGCACAACGCUGUUGGCGUCGUACCGCUUCGCCAAACCAGUCGAGGUUUUCCGCGGCGUACCUUAUGCCCAGGACGCAGGGCGGGCCAGAACCGCUUCCGCCCGCCCCAGCCGCUGCCGGAGUCUAGGGAGAACCUUUGACGCCAUAGCAUGGGCCAAGGGGACGACGCAUUGGAGGCCGGCGCAAAGAAGGACGCCGCAAAAAGAGAGACCGCGCCUACCCGUCGUGGUCUAUGUCCACGGCGGCGGUUUCAACAAGGGCUACGGCACCGAGCGGAACAUGGCCAGCUUUGUCGCCUGGGCCGAGGCGCCCAUGGUGGCUGUCAACUUCAACUACCGUGUCGGCGCGCUGGGGUUCCUGCCGUCGGAUGUGACCGCCCGGGAAGGGCUGUUGAACCUGGGGCUGCGGGACCAGCAGAUGCUCCUGGGCUGGGUCCAGGACAACAUCGAGGCCUUCGGCGGCGAUCCCGAUAACGUGACCAUCAUGGGUCUCAGCGCAGGCGCACACUCGAUCGGCCACCACAUCAUGCACUACGCCCGCUCUUCCGCCAAGCCCCCUUUUGUCAAGGCCAUCCUCGAAUCCGGCGCCACCACCGCUCGCGCUGUCUUUUAUCCCACCCACCCGCGCCACCUGGUUCAGUUCCGCGAAUUCCUCAUCGCCGCGGGCGUUGAAGGCGUCCCGGAAUCCGAAAUCUUCAACCACCUACGCAAACUCCCCCUCUCCACCAUCGUCCAAGCCUCCCACGUUGUCUGGGAUAAGUACCACGACAGCGUGACGUGGCCCUUCCAGCCCGUCAUUGACGGCGUUAACACCCUCGCAAACUCGAGCCAAAUAGGCGGCCUAUCCUCCACCGCCACACCCCCACUCAUCCCCGAACUCCCGAUCAGCUCCUGGGCCUCAGGCACCCACCUCCGCAUCCCCAUCAUCACGGGUUUCAACACCAACGAAGGCACCUCCUUCGUCCCCGCCGACGCCAACACAUCCGCCGAGUUCCGCGCCUUCUUCCAAACCCUCAUCCCCUCCCUCACCCCCACCGACCUCGACCAGCUCGAGGGCCCUCUACCCCGACCCCGUCACGCAACGCGACAGCCCCUACCGCCUCGUGCCCGAGGGCGCCGGCCUGCAACCGCCCACUACAUGUCGGCGGCGUUCGCAGCCAACGGAGGAAGUACUAGCGCGCCCGUCUACGUCUACCGCUACGCGGCCACGGCCACGCACGACGCGGCCAACCACGGCGACGAGGCCUUCGCCGUCGCCCACGACAUGUGGGAGCUGCGCGGCCGGCCCGGCAUGCGCGCCGUCGCGGACGAUAUGCACGGGCGGUGGGCGAGCUUUGUGGCGAGCGCGGUGGCGAGCCCCAAUGAGAGGGGCGGGGAUGUCGCGUGGCCGGCGUUUGUUUCGCCCUUUGCGGGUAAGGAUGCGGGGGAGGGGAAGAUCAUGGUGUUUGGGGAGGGCAAUGAUGAGAUGGGUGGGGGGUGGCGGAAGGGACGGCCGGCGAAGGUGGUGAAAAUGACCGAGGAAGAAAGGGAGGCGUGUCGGUUUUGGUGGGAGAGGAUUGGGCUGAGUCAGGGGCUGGGGAGGAAGGAGUGGGCGAAGAAGCCUGUUGAGAAUGCCUCGAGGCUGUAA